CGUAAAUCGUAAACCGGGUGAAAAAUUUCACCAGCGGGAAGGCCCAAGUAAAGACCCUAAAAUGGCGUCUGUGCCAGCAAUACCGACAGAUUCAUGGUACCUGUCUUUACUAGGGAUCGCCGAGAGCUUCAGGACAGCAAGCCCGCCCAAAAUCAAGCACUGUAUCCACUGUUUACAGUCCAUUUUUCACUUCAAACCACCACCGAGGAUCGAAGCAAGAACACACGUCCAGCUCGGCAGCUUAUUGUUCACGCAUACGAAAAACGUCGAGUUAGCGCGGACACAUUUGGAAAAAGCCUGGGCCCUAUCGCAGAGUAUUCCAUCAUUUGAGGACGUCAAGUUUGAAGCAGCGAGCCAGUUAGCGAGGAUUCAUGAAAAACAAAGCCAGUUACAUCUUGCAAAGCAAAUCUUACGCAAAGCCAUCGGUAUAUCUCAACAGUCAUCAUACUGGCACUGUCUUCUUCUUUUUCAGCUUGCACAAAUCCACACACAUGAAAAAGACUUCAUCUCAGCGUGUGAACUCUUAGGUGUUGGUGCGGACUAUGCGGUGGUAGCUGGCUCAGAAUACACAAGAGCCCUCUUCCUGCUUAGUAAAGGAAUGUUGAUGCUGAUAGACAAGAAGUACGCCGAGGUCCAUCCGGUAUUGUCAACGUGUGGGUCCAUCAUCGAUAACUACACAGGCAGCGACACUAACAAAGAGUCCCUUAAAGUCUACUUCUUAGUGCUGCAGGUUUGCCACUACCUCAUGGCUGGCCAGGUAAAGAGUGUGAAGACUGCACUGAAGAACCUUCAGCAAUCAAUACAGACAAUAACAAUGCUGCAUUCAGACGAAGAACCUAUUUCAAGUAACCCUGCAGAUCUCUUUCACUGGUUACCGAAAGAACACAUGUGUGUAUUAGUAUAUCUGGUAACGGUGAUGCAUUCAAUGCAAGCUGGCUAUAUGGACAAAGCCCAGAAGUUCACCGACAAAGCCCUGCUUCAGAUCGAGAAGUUGAAGAUCUUGGACUCCCAUCCCAUCCUGUCUGCCUUCCAGCUAAUGCUUCUUGAACAUAUCGUCAUGUGCCGCCUCGUCAUGGGUCAGAAGUCAUUGGCCAUUCAGGAGAUUUCACAAGCGUGCCAGGUCUGUUCGCAGAAUCCUCGGUUACUCACAACGCACGGGGCACAGCUACACACGUUACUCGGUCUCUACUCAAUGUCAAUGAACUGUAUGGAGAGUGCAGAGGCACAGUUUAGCGCAGCUCUCGCAAUUACAACACAAACAGAAUUAUGGCAGUUUGCAUCACUGAAUCUGGCAAUAGUUUACCUCAGGUCGGGCAAUAGGCAGCAGGAGUUAUUAUCAUUAUUAGAGAGAAUAAACCCAGAGGUAUUACCAACGAACUCUCACAGUUUGCGAGCUGCAGCGUACUACGUCAAAGGGUUGCAGGCGUUCUUUCAAGCAAGAUAUAAUGAAGCAAAGAGGUACCUGAGGGAAACAUUAAAGAUGUCCAAUGAGGAGGAUUUGAAUAGAUUAACGGCCUGUUCACUGGUGCUACUUGGACACAUAUUCCUCUCAUUAGGGAGUACCAGGGAAAGUAUGAACAUGGUAUUACCAGCCAUGCAACUUGCAGGGAAGAUCCCUGAUGUUCAUGUCCAAUUAUGGGCGUCAGCCUUACUCAGAGAUUUAUAUCACUUGGAAGGCGACCCAGUACGGGAGAGGGAAGGGUAUCAAAUGCACACAUCAUUCUCACAACAGCUUCUCAAAGACCACUUCCAGUCAUCGCAACAGUCAGAGCACAACCUUAUUCAGUGGACGGAGGGCCCAUGUCCGAUUCAUUUACUCCAGGGUGACGGAGCGAGCUCGAGUAUCUUAUAGCACACGUCCAACCCUCGUCAAACAAAAUGCUCUUCUCUGUUUUAAACAAAAUGUGCCAACUCGACUCUACUCAAGUUAAGAACUUUGCUUCUCUUUUUUAAAAAAUAACCUUGGUUUUGUUAUUCUUGUGUCUGUUCUUUGUGAUGAUUUUAAUCUGAAAUUGAUGUGGAUCUGUAAAUCAUGAAGUCGACUGCAAAUCUGUUGAAAGAAUCGGAGGAUCAUAUUCAUAUAGCUGCUAAAUGCUCAACUUUGUUGAGUCAAGUAAUUGUGGUUUGUCCGAAUGAUUCCUCUUCCACAACUAUUUGUGAUGCAUAAUGUUUGUGCCAUUUUGGGCCUAUGUCAGUGACUUUUGCUUUGAAAUUCAUUUGCGUUAAGGUGAAUUGCUAUGCCGUCACAUGUCCCAUAAUCCUCUCUAAAUGGCUACCACUUGCCAUUUUUGAUGACGUUAACAUUUAAUUUUCCAUUACAAUGGUAACCAUGGCAAACAUGCCUGGGGUGACUAGUGUGACUAGUGUUGAUGCUGCGACUUUUGAUUGCGUUUUCCAGUCCUGAAUUUCAACUAAUACUCCCAUGUGCCGCCAUGACUAGAGGCAUACAUGAGGGUAUGCACGUUUUAUAGCCCAGUGGUUGGGUUUGUGCAGUUAAAUCCAAGAUAAGACAAGUGGUUGUGACUAGUGUUGAAGUUGCAACUAAUUGAAGCCUAUUUAGUCUGGUAGUGGAUUUCACUAGUCGCCCAGGCCUGAUAGAAAAUUCAGACAAAUUUAGAAAGGAUUGUGGUAAAUUUGUGAUGUUAUUGCAAUGCACCUACUAGCAAUGUUUUUCACUUGACCAGCUUCAUAUGUAGAUGCAAAUAGAUCUUGUUUAGCCAGGUCUGUGGUUACCGGUUUCAUCUUGCAUUGCUGAGGUGCAAACACAAGCAAUCUAGCUGUAUCUGGGAAUUCAUACAUGGGACAGUAAUUGGGCCCUGCUAUAUAGUAGUGAACACACUGAAGCUUGGUAUUCAUACAUGGGACAGUAAUUGGGCCCCUCUAUAAAAUGAAUUUAGUGAACAUACUGAAGUUGAGAAUGUAUUAUGAUUUUGAAAACCCUCGAUCUCCACAAGUGAACAACACCAUUACUGGAGGCAAGAAAUGCAGCAAACUAUCUCUGUCCCUUUUUCUACAAAAUACUUUUUCUACCAAAUAAUGAGACAAAAAUGCUAACAACUGGAUGUAGACAAGAUGCAUUAUGUGAUGUAAAAGUUGCAUCAGUAAAUCGUUUUUUCCAACUUUGCCGACCAACACUGUUUGAUUACAAAUAACUGUAUUCUCUGUGCUCACCAAGUCCUGGGGAAGAAGAAAUCCCAGGCAUCUCUUACAGAGAAUUGAACCCGUAACCGUCAGUAUUCUUAAGUGGGGCUCAAAUUCAUGGCUUUGCCUACUGUGGAAUUCUGUUCGUACAGAAUUCUAGUUAAAGUAGAGCGCUGAAAUUUUGGUAAGCUAUAGUGUAUCAUAUUUGUAAAAAUUGAUGGACGGCACAAGUUAAAGGGUCUAGGUACUUUUUGUAAGAGACAAAAAAGACAAUGUUCACAGAUUUACACUAAAC